CCUCUCCCCGGUCCAAACCUCCCGGAGUCCUUGCUGAUGCUGCGGUGACAGGAGCCGGAGCCGAGGCUGCUUGGGGCUCCUCCGGCGGCGGCUCCGGCGUGUGUCUGCGGGGGCAUGAAGCGUGUGUGUCGGCGGCUCGCAGUGGCCGUGGCGGUGCUCGUGUGGCUGGGAGCGCUGGUCUAUCUACUGGUGCUGAGCCGGAGGAGGCUUCCGGAGCUCGGCAGCGGGACGGCGGGAGCAGCUCAGCCCGGGAUCAAGCAGAUGUCGGACUCGGAGUGGGAGGACCUUUUGGAUGGAUUUGACGAGCGCUCGUACUUAAACGCUCGGAAAUGGAAACCUGGAGAUGAUCCUUACACGCUGUACGCCUUUAACCAGAGGGAGAGCGAAAGGAUACCGAGUAACAGAGCUCUGAGGGACACGAGGCACUACAGAUGUUCGUCUCUUCACUAUGACUCUGAUCUUCCUCCCACCUCCAUCAUCAUCACUUUUCACAACGAGGCUCGCUCCACUUUACUACGAACUGUCAGGAGUGUACUAAACCGGACUCCCGUUCACCUGAUUCAUGAGAUCAUUCUGGUGGAUGACUUUAGUGAAGAUGAGAGUGACUGUGAGCUGCUGACCAAACUGCCCAAAGUCCACUGUCUGCGCAACAACAAGAGAGAAGGUCUGAUCAGGUCCAGGGUUCGAGGAGCAGACUCGGCUCGCUCUGGGGUUCUCACGUUUCUGGACAGUCACUGUGAAGUCAACAAGGACUGGCUCCCCCCUCUGCUGCACAGGAUCAAACAGGACCCAACUCGAGUGGUGAGCCCGGUCAUCGACAUCAUCAACAUGGACACAUUCGCUUAUAUAGCUGCCUCUGCAGAUCUGAGAGGAGGUUUUGACUGGAGUCUUCACUUCAAAUGGGAGCAGCUUUCUCCAGAACAGAAAGCUCAGAGGACCGACCCCACACAGCCCAUCAAGACGCCCAUAAUUGCAGGCGGUCUGUUUGUGAUCGACCGCUCGUGGUUCAUUCAUUUGGGGAAGUACGACACGGCGAUGGACAUCUGGGGAGGAGAGAACUUUGAGAUCUCAUUCCGAGUUUGGGGAUGUGGGGGCAGCCUGGAGAUCCUGCCCUGCAGUCGAGUGGGACACGUGUUCAGGAAAAAGCAUCCCUAUGUAUUUCCAGAGGGAAACGCCAACACUUACAUCAAAAACACUCGUCGCACAGCUGAAGUUUGGAUGGAUGAUUUCAAACUCUUUUAUUACUCGUCUCGACCUGCGGCCAGAGGGAAGUCGUACGGAGAUGUGAGCGGGCGAGUGGAGAUGAGGAAGAGACUGCACUGCAAACCCUUUAAGUGGUACUUAGACAACGUGUACCCAGAGCUCAUAGUCCCUGAUGACUCUGCCUCUGAGUCUGGUCCCAUUCGACAGAGACAGAACUGUCUGGAGUCUCGUCGUGUGGAGGGGGAGGAGCUUCCUGUGCUCAGCCUGGGGCCGUGUGCAGCGGGCAAGGACGGGGUUGCCACUGGCAACCAGGAGUGGGUGUACACUGUGGGUCAGCAGAUCCGACAGCAGCACCACUGUCUGUCCCUGUCCACCAUGUUCCCAGCCUCACAAGUGCUGCUCCUGCCCUGCAACAUGGCCGACGGAAAACAGCGGUGGCAGAAGUCGGGCACUCACCUGGAGCACUUGGUAUCUCGGUUCUGUCUGGACUCGGAGAUGGCUCUAGAUGGUCUGGACUCGUCUCGGAUGCUGGUUAUCAGCCCCUGUGAGCUGAGUGCGUAUACACAGCGCUGGGACCUACCCUUCUCCUGACCCUCUCCUUACCACACCAAGAUGGAGGACAGAGACAUGCCCUGCUUCUUACCAUACCAAGAUGGAGAACAGAGACAUGCCAUUCUCCUGACCACAGCAACUUGGAGAAUAGAGACAUGACCUGCUUCUUACCACACCUACAUGGAGGACAGAGGUGUGCUUUUGUCCUGACCCCCUCCAGACCACAGCAACAUGGAGGACAGAGACGCACCCUGCUCUUGACCACACCGAGAUGAAGGACAGAUUUGUGGCUUUGUCUUGACCGCAGCAAUUGUGUCAGUCAUGCUAGUCGUUAGCUUGACUUUAUUUUCAUUGUUUUACUCGCCAAAAACUUUCCUCUGUCACUUGAAACCUUAGUUUGCCAUCCAUCCAUAUUCAUUCAUCCAUCUUCUGCUUAUCCAAGGCCAGAUAACUGCUAAAGAGCUCGUCGAACAGAUCAGUGCAGAGAAACAUGGAAGCUAACUGAUUUGAUAUUUCAUGUUUUGCCAUUAUGGCCUUACAGUAUUUUUGUAUUUUUCUAAAAUUAAAGGUUAAGAAACAUUCUUUGCAAACUCCAUUUAACUUAAAUAGCAAUCUAUUUUAGUAGUUUCUGGUGACCAGAAUAAUGAAAAUAAAGUCAAGCUAAUGGCUAACAUGACUGACAUAUUGGGUAAAUGACACAUAUUGUCAGUGGUUUUCUCCUGACGCCCACAUGGAGGACAGCGAUGGGCCCUUCUCCUGACGCUCUCAUACUCCCCCUGUGUGAGAGGGAGCGAGACAGCGCCCUCUACAGACUUCAUAAAGACUUCACACUGUUUUUUUUAAUACAGGAGAGGGACGCCAAAGCUGCAUGAACUGAGGGCUACAAGUUGGAGCAUUCUGAUUCUGGCUGUGUCCAAAACUACUUUAUAACCUUAAGCACAGUGACAGUACUUCUCCACAUAUAUACUUUUAUUAUGCUCUAUAUAAGACCAACAUGUUAAAGUUGCAGGUUCGACUCCCAGGCCUUUCUGUGUGGAGUUUGCAUGUUCUCCCUGUGUCUGGGUGGGUUUCCUCUGGGCACUCCGGUUUCCCCCAUCCACAC